AUGUAUCAAACAAAGAGCAGCGAGACCCGGCCAUUGAAAAAAAAAGAAACAGAUCAGGUAACUGAUAAUGACAUAGAAAUAAGUGGUAUUUUAAGCAGCUUCCAGGAUGGUCCAUCACCAGGGUGGUCCAUCACCAAGGUGGCCCCAUCACCAAGGUGGUCCAUCACCACGGUGGUCCAUCACCAAGGUGGUUCAUCACCAAGGUGGUCCAUCACCAAGGUGGUCCAUCACCAAGGUGGUCCAUCACCACGGUGGUCCAUCACCAAGGUGGUUCAUCACCAAGGUGGUCCAUCACCAAGGUGGUCCAUCACCAAGGUGGUCCAUCACCAAGGUGGUCCAUCACCAAGCACACCUGUCAUAACUGACAGCACACCUGUCAUAACUGACAGCACACCUGUCAUAACUGACAGCACAUCUGUCAUAACUGACAGCACACCUGUCAUAACUGACAGCACAUCUGUCAUAACUGACAGCACACCUGUCAUAACUGACAGCACACCUGUCAUAACUGACAGCACACCUGUCAUAACUGACAGCACACCUGUCAUAACUGACAGCACACCUGUUAUAACUGACAGCACACCUGUCAUAACUGACAGCACACCUGUCAUAACUGACAGCACACCUGUCAUAACUGACAGCACACCUGUCAUAACUGACAGCACAUCUGUCAUAACUGACAGCACACCUGUCAUAACUGACAGCACACCUGUUAUAGCUGAUGCAACAUUUGUCAUAACACAUCUGUAA